UUUCACAACCAAUCCGAAGUCUGGGUGGGUUAAAACAGUUUGUAACUUUGCAUGAGAGACGAAGUGACAGCAGUCUGGUCAUACAAAUGGCACAUAAAAUUACGAAGUUGACUGUCAGCGAUGUAAGAUUUCCAACGUCUCUGGAGCACCAUGGUUCAGAUGCAAUGCACACCGAUCCAGACUACUCAGCCGCAUAUGUUGUGAUCGAAACUGAAUCCUGUCUGAAGGGGUAUGGCCUGACAUUCACUGUAGGAAGAGGAACAGAAAUUGUGGUGUGUGCUGUGGAGGCCUUGACUGGGUUUGUGGUGGGGAAAUCUCUGGAGGAGAUUGUGAGUGACUUCCGUGGAUUCUACCGCCUCCUGACCAGUGAUGGACAGAUGCGAUGGAUUGGACCAGAGAAAGGCGUUAUCCAGCUGGCCACUGCAGCCGUCCUCAACGCAGUGUGGGACCUCUGGGCCAGAACCGAGGGCAAGCCACUGUGGAAGCUACUUGUUGACAUGGAUCCCAGAAAUCUUGUCUCAUGUAUUGACUUCAGAUAUAUAACUGAUGCUCUGACAGAGCAGGAAGCGUUGGAUAUGCUCAUGAAAGCUCAAGAGGGCAAGGACCGACGAGAGGAACACAUGCUGACGGAGGGUUACCCCGCCUACACCACCUCCUGUGCCUGGCUAGGAUACUCUGAUGAGCUACUCACACAGCUGUGCUCAGAUGCCCUCAACAGUGGAUGGACCAAGUUUAAGGUGAAGGUUGGAGCCGACCUAGAGGACGACAUCCGCCGCUGCAGUCUCAUACGGAAGCUGAUUGGUCCCAACAACACUUUGAUGAUCGAUGCCAACCAGAGGUGGGAUGUUGGAGAGGCCAUCACCUGGGUGUCUGAGCUGGCCCAGUACAAGCCCCUGUGGAUUGAGGAGCCCACCAGUCCUGACGAUAUCCUCGGCCACGCAACCAUCUCCAAGGCCCUGGCUCCUCUGGGGAUUGGGGUAGCCACAGGAGAAAUGUGCCACAACAGGGUGAUGUUUAAGCAGUUCCUACAAGCAUCGGCACUUCAGUUUGUCCAGAUUGACAGCUGCCGAAUGGGCAGUGUCAAUGAGAACCUGGCUGUUCUGCUCAUGGCCCACAAGUUCCAGGUCCCUGUGUGUCCUCAUGCUGGGGGAGUUGGACUGUGUGAGUUGGUCCAGCACCUCAUUCUCUUUGACUACAUCUCUGUGUCUGCCAGCCUCCACAACCGGAUGUGUGAGUACGUGGACCACCUCCAUGAUCACUUUAUCAGUCCUGUGGUGCUGAGGAACACCCACUACAUGCCCCCCAAGGAUCCAGGAUACUCCUGUGAGAUGGUGGAGUCGUCUGUGCAGAGACACCAGUACCCUCAGGGAGAGGUCUGGAAGAAGCUCCUGAAUCCAUGAGGAGGAAAAUAAGAGCGAAGAAACAGACAUCACAGAGAAUUAUUUGAUUUAGUUUUUGAUUUUCAGUUGGCACCGACCCAUUCACUUCACUGCAGGGAGUGAUAAAUCAAGUACACUAAAGUACUUGAUGAAUAAUUUAGUGACUAUCAAACUGUGCACAAAAUCUGAUAAUUUAUUAUGUUUUGUUCAUUUUAAACCAAUGUCACUGCAUUUUUUUAAGACUUGAGCUUACAUUGUUGUAUAAUAACUACAUUAAACAAUGGAAUAUAUAAAUUA